AUGGAGACAGAAAUAGGCAUGGAGGGGCUGUCCAUCAUCAACCCCUCUCCAAGUCUCAUCAAGGGACCACACCUUUUACAUGGUCUGGUGGCGCUGUCAAGCAAUGAUGGCCUACCAGCCAUAGAUUACCGUUCAACCGUUGGCGAUAAAACUAAUAUUUCCUAUUCGGAGCUUCACUGCGCUUCUAAUGCGUUAGCUACGCGUAUAUCUCAGACCUUACAUUCGCUAGCGGGGAUAGACACCCAUGGCCAGAUCAUCAUUCCAAUUCUCAUGCCGCAGUCGCCGGCGUUAUAUAUUGGACUCCUUGGAAUUCUGAAGACCGGCGCGGCUUUCUGCCCGCUAAACGCCGAUACCCCCAAGGAUCGCCUAGGAUUCAUUUUGAAGGAUGUUGGGGCCAGAAUUGUCUUGGUCAAUUCUGAAUAUGCUUCCAGACUUCCAACAGAUGGUGCUUUUGAGGUUAUAUCAAUCGACCAAGCGUUAGAUCCUCCUCCUAAUACGGCCCAGUUAAGCCCUUACAGAGUGCCAAACGCCGAGGACUUGGCGUAUGUUAUGUAUACGUCGGGAUCCACUGGGACACCAAAAGGGGUUGGAAUAUCACAUCUUGCAGCGUCGCAGAGCUUGCUUGCUCAUAAUCGUCAUAUUCCAGUAUUCGCUCGUUUUCUUCAAUUCGCGGCGCCAACAUUCGACGUAUCGGUAUUUGAGAUUUUCUUUCCUCUAUUUCGUGGUAGCACCCUCGUGUGUUGCAACCGUGGAGAUAUGCUUACGGAUCUUCCUUAUAUAUUGAGGGAGAUGGGAAUAGAUGCGUGCGAAUUGACGCCAUCGGUCGCUGGAAGUUUGUUGAAGAAGAGAAAAAACGCGCCGGGAUUGCGACUAUUAUUAACUAUCGGCGAAAUGUUGACCGAGCCCGUCAUACAGGAAUUCGGAAGCGACGAACGCGAACAAAGUAUACUUUGGGGUAUGUACGGCCCUACUGAAGCAACUAUCCACUGUACCCUACAACCCAGCUUCUCCAAGACAUCUAGCAAGAAUAAUAUCGGAUUUCCUCUAGAUACCGUGUCAGCAUUUAUUAUAGACAGCCAUGCACCCGAAUUUCGUGUUCUACCCCUCGGCUAUGUGGGGGAAUUGGCGGUUGGCGGCAGCCAAAUCGCUACGGGCUACAUCAACCGGCCUGAACAAACAUCAACUUCGUUCGUGCACACGCAAUGGGGUCGUGUCUAUAGGACUGGCGAUAAAGCUAGAAUGCGAUCUGAUGGAACGAUUGAAUGUCUCGGAAGAAUCGGCGGAGGGCAGGUGAAAUUAAAUGGGCAAAGAAUUGAACUUGGCGAGAUUGAACACGCCAUAUUACGUACGCCUAAGUGCCACAGCACUGUAGUGGUUGUUAUCGCGAAUGUUUUGGUGGCCUUUGCGGCGAUUGAUGACGAACCAGAGCCUGUUGCAGGGAUACGUCAAGCGAUCCUUGCCCAAUGCAAGGCCUGGCUCCCAGCUUUCAUGAUCCCUACUGACAUUCAAAUAAUGAAACAUUUCCCUCUCUUACCUUCCGGCAAAAUCGACAAGAAAGCUUUGAUUGAAGAAUACAAAGCAACGACCUCACCAAACGAUUUACGCGAUCCCGACGUGGACGACGCAUUCGAAGAUGACCUCGAACGUCAGAUAUGCGAAAUCGCCGAAAGAAUUCUCGAGCGACACAUCGUUCCAUCGUCUAGAUUAUCCGCCCUAGGCUUGGAUUCCCUUGCAGCUAUCGAAUAUACCUCUAAGCUUCGGGACUUCGGUGUGGUCAUUCACCCAAUUGACAUUCUCGUUGCGCCGACAGUCCACCAACUCUAUCACAUUAUCAAGAUUCGACAGGGCCCAACACAUUCAUCCAGCUCCGCCGAGUUACCCCGAAAUGAUGACCUUGGCUUAGAUAAACUCCGGGAGCUUUUAGCAUCCGAUGACUCAGUGCGACCACACUUAGACGAUAUUGAGCGUAUAGAGGGAUGUAGCCCUCUCCAGCAAGCAUUGAUAUCGGAGUCCCUAAACGAUUCAAGGUUAUACAUCAACCAAACAGAACUCCAUCUACCCAGGCAUCUCGCCAUCGAAACAAUCAGAUCGUGGUUCUUCAUUUUAGCUCAGCGCAAUGAGAAUUUCCGUACUGGGUUCGCCCAUAUUGAUCAUCAGCUCUAUCAAGUUAUCUGGAAACGACUCAACGAGGACCAAAUUGAAAUUACCGAUAAUGCAAAUCCUUUUAAGUGCGCGAAUGUGGAGAAAUUCCUUCAUCGUCCUUUUCAACUUGAAAUCAUCCCCAGUGAUCCUCGAACUAAUCAUCACACAAUCAUAUUAACCCUUCACCACUCCAUAUAUGACGGCUGGACUAUAGAUCUGCUCAAGGAAGAUCUUUCGCUAUUGGUGCGCAAUAAGCUAUUGGUUGAUAGGCCUCAGUUUUGGCAGGUGUCUCGGUAUCUUACGACCGUGUCGGGCGGUGAUUUGAUAGACGCGAAAGAAUUCUGGGCGGAAAGGCUGCGCGGAUGCGUUCCUACGCCAUUGCCCAACUUCAAAACCACAGCUGUCCCGGAAGCCCAGAUCCAAACGUCAUUUAAGGAAAUCAAUCUCGACCCUAAAAUGCUUCGAGAUUUCGCCCUGGAGAAGUCUAUCGGCCCUCAAGUCAUUUUCCAGACCUGCUUAACUUGGCUCUGGGCAGCCAUAAAUGGUGUUGAUGACACGAUAAUUGGUUCCGUAUCGUCUGGCCGCACUCUUCCGAUAGCAGGGAUCGAGAAGAUAAUGGGACCAUGCAUGACGACGCUUCCCCUACGAACAGAUUUAAGUAGAUACACUACAAUCAUUGAACUUUUACAGGGUAUCCAUUUGUUUAACCGGGAUACGCUUAAAUACGGUAGCCUUCCUCUUGCGGAGAUCAAGCGUGCUGCUAGUAUCCCUCUCGCUCGGAAGCUUUUCGACGUCAUCUUCGCCUACCAAGAAAGUAUUCCUAGUCGGCAACGAAGUGACGACAUUAUUCAUGAAGCCUGGCACAAGGAUGCGGUUGAAGCCAAAAUUCUCGUCGAAAUAUCCCCAUCGAAUAAUUGUUAUUCUUGCCAAAUCACAUGGCACUCGGACGCAUUUUCAGGUUCUCAAGUCGACGAUAUUUUUCAGCACUUGGACUGUCUAGUCAGUUAUUUCGUCAAGAAUAGCUAUGAGACGCUUAGUAGUACCAUGCAUUGCUUUCCCAUCCACUCAUUAUCGCAUUACAAUGAAUCUCCUAAACAGCUUGGAAUACUCUCAAGUUUAUCCGAGUUGGUGGAGAGAACCGUGUCGAUAUACCCGACGCGACCCGCAUUGUGUUUCGCUUCUUCAAUCACAACAUCUGAUGCUGAGAUGCAAACAUUGACGUAUCGUGAAUUGAACUCAAAGGCCAACCAGAUAGCCAGAUAUCUACGUCAAUCUGGCGCAACCCCGGGGGAGAUAAUUGCCCUAUCUAUGGAGAAGUCGCUAUUGUUCUACUGCGCUGUUCUCGGAAUCAUAAAAACCGGCUGCGCAUACCUUCCUAUCCUCCCUAGUACCCCACCGCAAAGAACGCAACUAAUCCUUAGACAGGCACAGCCUCGAUUUUUCCUCAUCGACGAGUCUUCUCCUCGACAGACGGCCGAAGGAAAUUCAUGUCCAAUUAUCGACCUCGAGCGCUUGCCACUUUCCGAAUAUUCAGAUUCUAACCUCGAAAUCUCUGGCAACGCAAAUCAUCUCGCCUAUAUCAUUUAUACUAGUGGAACUACCGGGACUCCAAAAGGAGUUUCCAUCACGAACACCAAUAUAUUAAGCAACAUCGAAACCCUAUCACGCAUCUAUCCCCAUCAACCCUCUGACCGAAUGCUUCAAGCGUGCUCUCAGGCUUUCGAUAUGUCGGUGUUCGAGAUAUUCUUCUCGUGGGGGAAUGGCAUGUCCUUAUUCUCAGCUACCAACGAUACAUUGUUCGGCGAUCUUGAAAUGGCCGUAGGGGCAUUGAAAAUAACACAUCUUGCCAUAACGGUCACUGUAGCCUCGCUUCUAGAACCUAGCCUCGUAUCUAGUGUCAAAUUCUUAGCUACAGCAGGUGAACCUAUGACUGAUAGGUUGCUAGAAAAAUGGGCCGAUCGGCUCUGGCAAGGGUAUGGGCCAUCUGAGACAACUAAUAUCUGUACUGUAAGAAAGGUUUCUCGAGGGGAUUCGUCGCAAUAUCUAGGAUGGUCUUUCGAAAAUACAUCGGCAUUUGUAUUCGCCUUAAAUACGACAGAAUUGGUUCCUCGUGGUUGCGUGGGCGAGCUCUGUUUUGGAGGCGACCAGGUAGCUGCGGGGUACCUCGAGAUGCCCGAAUUGACUAAUCAGAAGUUCUUUCAGCAUCGUGAGUAUGGUCGUCUUUAUCGAUCUGGAGACAUUGGCCGUAUGCUUCCCGACGGCUCAUUAAUCAUCCUUGGGAGAGUUGACACGCAAGUGAAGCUCCGGGGACAGAGAAUUGAACUGCAAGAGAUACAAGCAGCGGUUUUGAAGAGUAGGCUUGCGAAAACUUGCACUACUCUCCUUAUAGCUAGGGGCUCCUCCGUACAGCAGCUAGCACUGUUCUAUGUUCCUCUCGAUGAGGAAUCCUCUAGGUUUAGUAUUUUACGCAUUGCGGACUCGAUAAAACAGACGAUAGUCACGAUCGAACAAGAAGUACGAGCCGCCUUACCGGAUUAUAUGGUUCCUUCAUUUGUUUUCCCCAUAUCUACUCUCCCAUUGACACCAUCGGGAAAGGUAGAUCUUGACUUACUACGUCAUUCCAUUGGUGACAUGUCGGACGAAGACUUGAGUUGCUACGGCUCUACACACGAGCUCUACGAAGACUCUCUUGAAUGGACCGAGACAGAGUCUUUGAUAUCAGAAGCAAUUUCAGAAACGCUUCGUAUCGAUAAAAAGGUAAUCAACCGUUGGAGCUCGUUUGUUUCUCUCGGGCUGGAUUCCAUCUCGGCUAUGCCUCUAAGCCGACGACUCCAGUCGGUUUUUCAGAAACGCGUUCCUUUAUCUCUCAUUCUGUCUAACCCCAGUGUUGGAAGACUCGCCUCAAUUAUUGCCAACGGAAUAUCCUCUGUAACAGCUCAGGCGAAAACAGAAACAAGUCUUCUACCCGAACAGCUGAUUAAUGCUGUUCAGGUGCGAUUUGCUAGUCAAGGUGGAGGCAAUGUACAAGAUGUUCUUCCGUGCACACCACUGCAGGAAGCCAUGCUUUCAUCCUCUCCGUCCUCCAAGGUUGGGUCUUCUUAUUACAAUCAGAUGCUUUUCCGACUUCGCCUACCAUCUCAAAUAAUCAAACAACAUUGGAACAUGAUGUUUGAACGUCAUGGAAUACUGCGAACGUGCUUUAUUCCGACUGAAGAUUUUCAGCACCCGAUAGUCCAAGUGGUUUUAAAAUCCCACUUGCCUAAGUGGGAGGCAUUUAAAACAGAUGCAGCCAAUUUCCAAGAACAUGUGUCCAAGCAUGAGAGCUCCAUUUCAGCUGCAAUCGACUCAGUUGAGCCUCCAGUGUCGCUCGCAAUUAUCAUCCUGGAAGAUUCUACAGAAUAUUUAUCAUUCGUCUGCCAUCAUGCCAUCUAUGAUGGUAUUUCAAUGAGGCAUCUGCUCGCGGAGAUCGAGGCGGCAGUUCGCCACGAACCGCUACCAACUUCACCAUCCUUUGAAUUGUUUCUUCGAGAAGCACUUUCUCCACCGCCAGAUGUCGAUACUUUCUGGAAAGCACACUUAGGUUCAUUUUCUCCCCUUCAUUUUCAGAAAUUGACACCUAGCGUCGACUCCAACCCCAGAACAAUAUCCGGGGAGAUAGUAAAUCAAUCGCUUUCCUCAAUUACGACCCGACUACGAGAGCUAGGCGUGUCGCUACUACCACUAUGCCAAGCGGCAUGGGCCGUUACGUUGUCUCUUUUACAAGACGAUAGCGAUAUAUGUUUUGGAAACGUCGUGAGUGGACGUUCUAUUGCGUUAGACCGGAUUGAUACCCUUGUAGCACCAUGUUUUAAUACCAUACCCAUCCGCAUGAACCUUUCCGGCGUCGGAUUCUUCCAGGAUGUUACGAAGAAUUUCCAGCAGCUAAAUACAAAAACAAUGCCAUAUCAAUUCACUAGUUUACGACGAGUACAGUCACAAGUAUCGUUAUCGCGCCUUUUCGAUACCGUCCUUGUCCUCCAACCCCACGCCAAUCCUUUAGACGAGAAUAUAUGGUCUUUAGACCAAGAACAUGGCGUAAUGGAUGUUCCGCUCGUGUGCGAGGUCACUCCUUCACGAGAACAAGGCACACUCACUUUACAACUACAUCGAGAUCCAUCGAUAUUCUCCUACCAAACUAUGAAGCUCAUUCUAGAUAUCUUCAAACAUAAUUUUAGCACUUGUUUAGAACACCCAUCUUCGUACGUAUUGACUGCAUCAAGAUUACCCGAGCCUUGGCGACACCAUAUCACACAAUUAUCUUUAUCACGAGAGUCAGUCCAAAAUGGCGAAGAGAUUGCACUGCCAGAGCAACACAACAGCAACGAGAGUUGGUCCGACUCCGAGGCAAUAGUACGCGCGGUGUUAUCGAAGUUGGUGAAGAUCCAAGAGACGAAAAUCGGACGAAACACAUCGAUAUACCGAUAUGGUCUGGAUAGCAUCGGUGCGGUCCAGCUCGCCACACUUCUUCGUCGAGAGUCCUAUUCUGUUUCUGCUAUAGACGUGUUCGAGAACCCAACCUGUGCCGGCAUUGCUGCUCGCCUGUCAGCUCGAGACCUCAAAGAAACCCAAUUUGCUUACAAUUUUACCAAUUUUCAAAAUAUUAUCAGCAAGGAUCUAGACAAUACUCCUAGUCUGUUUGGACUUUACGAAGAGGUGCUGCCUUGUACCCCGACACAGCAAGGCAUGAUCUCCCAGUUCCUCAGCUCGAGAGGGGCACAUUACUUCAAUUAUGCCAGUUGGGUUUUAAGGGCCGAAGUCAGUCCACGACAAAUUGCCGAGGCAUGGUGUUCUCUGGCAAUCCGACAUCAGAUAUUUCGCACCGGAUUUAUACCAAUUAAUCACCCGGAUACCUCGUACGCGAUGGUCGUAUACCCAAGAGCAAACUUCUCCGUCCCAGUAUCGGUUCGCCGGACAAGCACCUUUGAUGAUUCAGAGUGGCGCGCGAAAACGGCUUCGAAGGCUUUGGACACACUUGCGAUACCACCCUGGGAAGUCAUUAUCAUUGACCACGCACCCAAACAGCCAACAAUGCACCUCGCUAUACACCACGCGUUAUACGACGCAGAUUCACUACGGAGGGCCCUAAACGAGGUUGCAGCCGCUCUCACAAGUACCAUAGAAGAGGGAUCUCCGUCAAUCCAGCCGGCCCUUUCUAGUCACCUUGAUCCCGCCAAUCAUGGAUCGGCUUCUAAACAAUUUUGGAGAGGAAAAGCUGAAGAACUUGUGGUUAACAAGUUCCCUACUAUGACUCCCCUCCGUAUUACCAACAAUGAAACAUUAUUAACACGAAGGGAGUGUGCUACCUCCCCUCACAGUCUCCGCCGUGUUGCUACAGAAGCCGGUGUCACAAUCCGAGCAGCAUUACAAGGAGCCUGGGUUCGUGUGCUUUCUGCCUAUCUAGGAGAAAUGUCAGUCACCUUUGGGAUCGUUCUCGACGGGAGGAGUACAACGGAGGAACAGGAGAUAAUGUUUCCGAUGGUAACCACUUUACCAAUUUCCGCACAUAACCAUGAAUCUAAUGCCGACCUUCUUGAAAGCAUGAUGCAAUAUAAUGCAAGUCUACGCCGUUAUGAACGAACGCCGCUUUCUAAAAUCCAGCGAUGGCUUGGUCGCCCCGAGGGUCAUCUCUUUGACACAAUUAUCGCCUAUCAGCCCGUAGAGAAAGCGGGCGACGAUGGACCAUGGGAAGUACUAGAGGAAAUCGCGUCAGUCGAAUAUACAGUUGCAUUAGAAGUCGUCGAAACGGUUUCAGAAAAGCUCUGGUUAAAUCUUACUCACAACAGCGAUAUACUACCAACUGAACAGGCAAAUUUUCUUUUACGGCAAUUUGAAGUAAUAUUCACCGAUCUUUUAACGUGGCCUCAAGGACAUACCGACCAAUCUCUCUAUCAAACAACUGACAUUUUCUCCAUACUUCCCGCGAAAUUCCAACAACUCCAAUCUACGGCAGAACUUUUGCAUCAGCUUGUGGAACAAACUGCGCUGCGCACGCCCGAUGCUACGGCUCUCGAGUUCGUGGAGGACCUAGGUAAUCCAAUUCGGCGGCGGUUCUGGACGUAUCGCGAAUUAGACGAAAUGGGAAACCGAGUGGCCAACGUACUUUCGCAUCAUAAUACACAGCCAGGCGGUAUUAUCGCGACGUGCUUCAACAAGUGCCCAGAAGCCUAUUUUUCGAUUCUCGGUAUUCUCAAGGCAGGAUGCGCGUUUUUAGCCCUUGAUCCUAGCGCUCCAGUAUCGCGACUGCAAUUUAUCUUGGAAGACUCAGCAGCUGCAUGUUUGCUUAUUGAACCCGAGUUGGCCGAUGCCUUACAAUUCAACAUAGCCGCGCCGACCUACGUUAUCACCGAACACGAGCUUGUAGAGUUCUCGCCGGCUCUUCAAGCUUCACUUCAAAUAUUCCCUUCCGAUACAUGUUAUUGUCUUUAUACGAGCGGCACGACGGGAACUCCCAAGGGAUGCCUCAUUAGUCACGACAACACUAUCCAGGCAAUGCUUGCUUUCAAGCAUCUUUUCGACGGACAUUGGGAUUCAAGUUCAAGGUGGCUUCAAUUUGCCUCAUUUCAUUUCGAUGUAUCGGUUCUCGAGCAGUAUUGGUCUUGGUUCGUUGGUAUCACCGUUGUUGCAGCGCCAAAAGAUCUUAUACUUAGCGACAUAACCGCGACGAUCUCAAGUCUUGACAUCACCCACAUUGACUUAACCCCAAGUUUGGCGAGGCUUACUCAUCCUGACGAAGUUCCUAGCCUAUGUAGAGGUGUGUUCAUCACUGGAGGAGAACAACUACGGCAAGAAAUACUACGGGCGUGGGGCCCGAAAGAGGUUAUCUAUAAUGCUUACGGUCCGACGGAGGCUACUAUCGGUGUUACGAUGUUUCAGAGGGUACCUACCAAUGGCAGAUCUUCGAAUAUUGGUACUCAAUUUCCAAACGUCGGCACCUACGUCUUUAAGCCUGGCACCGAAACCCCAGUACUCAGAGGUGGUGUUGGAGAAUUGUGUGUAUCUGGAAAACUUGUCGGUAAGGGGUACCUAAACCGGAAGGAUCUCAGCGAGGAACGCUUCCCCGUUCUAAAGCAAUAUGGCGAGCGUGUUUACCGUACGGGCGACCUAGUUCGUGUCCUCCACGACGGGUCAUUCGACUUCCUAGGUCGCGCCGACGACCAGGUCAAGCUUCGAGGUCAGCGGCUCGAAAUCGGCGAAAUAAACCACGCCAUUAAGACGGGUCUCUCGAAUCAAUUGACGGAUGUGGUCACCUUUGUUACCCGACACCUUAAACAGGAUAGGGAUCUUCUUGUCUCCUUUCUGGCACCUAUCGCGAGGCCUUCCCUUCCAACAGAUCUUCAGAUAUGCUCCGGUCAGCUAUUUUCGAAUAUGUCCCGUACAGCGCUCGAGGCCUGUAGAGAUCGCCUUCCCGGAUAUAUGGUUCCUACAUAUGUUUUAUGCGUGCCCUUCAUUCCCUUGUCGGCAAACAAUAAGGCGGAUAUCAAACGUUUGAAGAGCCUCUUCGCCGAGUUGCCCCACGAUCAUUUACGAAAUCUUACUAUAGGCUCUGCUGACACCCACAGGGUACUGAGCGAAAAGGAACAGCUAUUAGCACUAGCUAUCUCUACCGUCACACAAGUCCAUGACACCAACAUACUCCCAACUUCGUCAAUUUUCGAACUCGGGAUUGACUCGAUCAAUGUGGCACGCCUAGCAAUAAUUCUUCAAUCGCAGGGUUUCACGGUUGCAAGCCCUUCUCUUAUUUUACGCCAUCCUUCAGUAACGCGUCUUUGUCAGGUCCUGCAGCAAGAGAAUACCAACACACUUAAUAGGCAAGUCCUUCAAGUUCGCCAGUCGAUUCGCGCACAACAUAGACACCUAGGAAUGGUUUGCAGGGCCUUAGAAAUUGAUAGGAGAGAGGUCGAAUAUAUUGCGCCAUGUACCCCGCUGCAAGAGGGGAUAAUCAAUAGAUCUAAAACCGACGAGACUCGAUCAGCAUACUUCAAUCAAUUCCGGAUAGAUCUAGAUGGCGAAGUAUCGGUUAGCCGUUUAAAAGAUUGCUGGGAUAACAUGUUUACUAAAUGCGCCAUUCUCAGAACGGCCUUCCUCUUAACUUCAGAUGGAUAUAUCCAAGUCGCCAUUAAGAAAAAAGCGAUACCAUGGUUUGUACUUGAUCCCGGUCAAAAAGACAUUGAGACUUUGGAAUCAGAACGCCGAGAUCUCUGGAUAUUUUCAAAUCAAGAUACCUUACAUCGUCCCGUUGAGGUCGACUACUUCGAGUACCAUGGAAAAAAGAUACUUCUUCUUCGACUAUUCCAUGCCGUCUACGAUGGCCAUAGCUUUGAGCUGCUUCUUCGGGCUGUGAAUGCAAAAUAUCACAACCAACCGAUAGCACCUCAUACAGCAUUCGUUGAUGCGAUUGCCUAUGGCCCGCUUCUGAAACACGGACAUUCUAGACCUUUCUGGGAGGAUAUUUUCAGAGGUCAUACCUUUCAACCCAUUCCAGCUCUAUUAGGAUUGCCCGGGACGUCCGACAUCUUAGUAUCGCGAACCAUUCACGUUAGCGGCCUGGAAGCUCGCCGCGUAGCCCUUAAAGUGACACAUCAAACCGCGCUGCAAGCUGCGUGGUUAGCUGCACUAUAUCAACACCUCGGAUUCGCGCCAACUAUUGGGAUCAUUUUCUCUGGGCGGUCUUUAAUUUUUGAUGGAGUUGAAAAUGUCAUCGGUCCUAUGUUCAACACCUUGCCAUUUCGAGUGAAUCUCACAGGACAGACGACUUGGGCAUCACUUGUUAAAGCAGUCCAGGAAUACAACACGUCCGUUCUUGAGUUCGUCCACACACCACUUCGAGACAUACAAAAGUGGUGCUCUAACGGGCAGCCGUUAUUUGAUACCCUAUUUGCCUUCAAUCGAGACGACAUUUUUUCAACAAUAGAAACAAGACAAUUUUGGACUUCUGCGCAUUCGAUUGGAGUCCCAGAUUAUCCGCUCGCUUUAGAGGUAGUUCUUUCACAAGACAAAUCAUUUGCGGUCAAUAUCGCCGCUCGAAGGACUAUCGCUACAGAAACCACCACUAAUGAGUUACUAAAUAUAUUCGAGCAAGCACUCACCGCACUCGUCAAUUCUAAUGAUGACGCGAUUGCGCCGCUUAGUUCCACAACGGCUAACGGCCACAAUGCAUCGUCAAAUGAUUCGCCGUCGAUUCAUUCAUGCCCCCCACACCCAGAAAGCGUAAGCAAAUUUGAGGUUUUUACGAAUAGCAAAGCACGGGAUAUUCGACAUGAAGUUGCUUCUUUGGCGGGGUUGCCAGACGAAGAAGUCCUCGAAAGUACGAACCUAUUUGAGCUUGGAUUCGACAGCAUUGACUAUAUCAAGCUUACUGCGAAACUCAAAGCACUCGGGCUUCAGAUCACCAUGAGCUCACUCAUGAAAAACCCCAGCGUCAAAAGCAUGAUCUUAUCGCAUGCCAACAUUCACUCCAACGGCGUCCAUCAUGAAGAUGAAAAUGCUGAAUUGGACAAAUCAGUUACGUUCCUGAGGGAUUAUUUAAUACAAGACGGGUAUGACCUUGAAAAAGUUGUAGCUGUCCUACCACCCACGCCAUUACAGGAUUUCAUGGUCACUGAUAUGUUGCUCUCUGGCUUCCACCGAUACUUUAAUCAUGAUAUACUCGAGCUCUCUCCAAAUGUGGAUAUUGAUCGGCUCAAGUCCGCUUUAGUUGCUGUAUACACCGGCUCGCCAAUUUUACGAACAACUUUCGUUGAGGUUGACAAUCCAAACAGUAAAGCAGCGUUCUGCCAAGUCGUACGAGAGGAACCCCUCAAAUUCAACCCACAAAUUGAGCUUCUAGACUUGGACGACAUUUCAAAGGUUAUAGGCAGCGCUCGAGAUAGAGCAGCAUCUGCCAAUGCAUCGUCCCACCUAUUUCAACUCACUUUUGUAACAACACCGGCGCAUCGCUACCUAGUCCUCUCCAUCGCCCAUGCCCUUUAUGACGGGUGGUCGCUCAACUUACUACAUGAAGAUGUGAAGGCAGCGUAUGAGGAUUGUUACCACUUGAGAAGCGAAUAUAAGCCAUAUCUUUCUCGCUUGCUUUCUAGUUCCUCUGCUGCAGGUGGGCGCUUUUGGGCCGACUACCUAGACGAUGCUCUUCCAACCAUUCUUACUCCAAUUUCGAUGUCAUACACGAGCGGCCAACCAGUCACACAUAGGUCCGAAUUGAUUUCAGCUUUAGGCCCCCACAAACUAAAGACAUUAUGUCGAAGAUACCGCGUUACUCCGCAAGUUCUAGCACAGGGGUGUUGGGCACCGGUUCUAGCUUCGAGAACUAACUCUCUCGAUGUAAUUUUCGGCGUUGUUUUAUCAGGGCGAGAUACCAACGAAGCCCAAGACCUACUGUUCCCAACAAUGAAUACAGUACCCUUGAGAAUAAUACUCCAUGGAACGAUCACGGAGUAUUUCCACUAUUUACAAGCAACUAUGUCAGACAUUAUGGAAUUCCAACACUUUCCACUGCGGGAAGUGCAGAGGUUAGCUAAUUUCGGGGGCGUCAAACCUUUCAACACCCUUUUCCUUUUGCAGAACACCAAAGACGUAGGGAUUAGGUCGAAUGCCACCCUAUGGAGAUCUGUUUAUUCAUCCUCAGCCGUUGAAUAUCCUAUUUGUAUUGAAAUGGAGAUUACGGAUGACGCUGUCAUAUGGCGUAUUGCUGGAGACGAGCAUUACGCCACUCAACAGGAUGUAAACGAAAUCCUAAACGACCUCGACGCUGUCCUACAGUAUGUCACUAAUGAUCAUAUAAAUAUCCUCGAGUUUGAUGAUAUGGUGGAGAAGGUAUCCGUCUGCGGCUUGAAGCCAUUCAGGCCUAGCGGGAAAACGGAGGAUACGAAUAAAACAGCGUCGGAGAAUACAUCUCGACGAGAAUUCAACCCCACCAGCUUGGAAUUACCCGUAUUAGAGGUAUUAUCAGAAAUUUCAGGAAUAGACAUGCACUCGAUCGAUCCCGACCAUUCUAUUUACCACCUUGGGCUAGAUUCGAUUAGUGCCAUCAAAGCGUCUUCUAUGCUUCGGAGACGAGGUCUAGGGAUAUCCGUGCGAGACCUCGUAAAAGCGUCCUCUAUCCGCGAAAUCCUAGACCGACGGGCCAAACAGUCAGGUCACCCCCCACACGUACAGUCAAGGCCAGAACCCGUCCUAAACGACGUUGAAAUAAGUUCCGUGCUUAAGGAUAUCAGGGUGGCGGAAACCGAAGUCGAGACGGUACUACCGGCACUUCCUGUGCAAGUUCACAUGUUAAGUGUCUGGCAAAAUACGAAUGGACUUCUUUUCUACUCACAAUUCGCGUACAGGAUUUCUGGCAACAUAGAUAAAGAUGAUAUCUCAAAAGCUUGGUCUAUACUAGUUGCAGAAGUCCCAAUGCUCAGGACGCGCUUUGCCGCUACUGGAUCCACCUCACUUCCCUUCGUACAAAUCGUUAUGAAACCGACACCGGUAAACCCCGCUGAGCGAAACCUUUCAAGAUCUAGACAAGACACUUGGGUGUACAAGGAAGCCAUGAAUCCCUUCGUAUCCAUCUGCGCCAAAGGAUCGCACCAAGAAGGCGUUUAUUUACGGCUCUAUAUCCACCACGCCUUAUAUGAUGGUGUUAGCUUGCCAGCAAUACUAAGCCGCUUCUUUGAGCUAUGCGAAAAUGCUUCGACGCAACCGCAAAGCACCUCUAAUCAAGCUAAUUGGUAUACAUUCGUUUCGAGUCAAUGCAUACCCGAAAUCCGCCAACGAAGGGCUAUAUUCUGGACCUCGUAUUUUCGAGGCAUAAAGCCGACGCUUAUGCAAGCCAAGAAGAAACCAGGAACGCAUCGCGAGAAGAUCGGACAACUUACUCGACUUAAACGUAAUGCGGUAAGAAGUGUAUCAAACCUAAAAGCGAUAAGUUCAUCCAAUGGGACAACUCUGCAGGCCUUCUUCUUCGCAGCGUAUACCAAAGCGCUUGCGACUCUACAACAACCUGGAAAACUUGGUUCGCAGGAUGACGCUGUCUUUGGGGUCUAUCUCGCAAAUCGUACGAGUUUUGACGGCCUCGAGAGAGCACCGUUUCCGACAUUGAGCAUUAUUCCUCUAGUGGUAAAAAGGCCAUUAAACCGGUCAGUCAUCGAGCUGGCUAUUGAUAUUCAAAAAGAUAUAUCAGAAAUCAGCAGCUUCGAGAAUGCCAGCGUAGGUUUGUGGGAGAUAUACAACUGGACUGGUGUGCAGAUCAAGAGCACUGUCAAUUUCCUCCCCAUGCCUGAAGACUCAACGUCCACAUGCGCAAAUUCCAAUAUUACAAUAACAGAAGUUCCUAGUGAGCCUGACAUACCCCCGGAAGAAGAAGAUCAUUUAUGGAAUAUUACGCGACCAGCUGCAGAUUUCGCGUUGCGAAACGAGAUAAAAGGAGCAUACACGCAUACCAUAGAUGUUGAAGCGGCCAUCCAUGGAGACGCAAUGGAUGUGGGCGCAUUUUGUCCUGACACAUUCUCAGAAGCGCAAGUUGAGGGCUUAAUUGACGAUGUGGUCACAGCAUUGGAGGCUGUAGGCCCCAACUAG